UCCGCCUGAUUCGCUCUGAUACGCAACGCUUCUGUGCGAAAGCCGCACUUGUCAGAAAACAUCAGGUUUCUUCUGCGAAGAAGAAAGGCAAACGAUGACCAGCUUGUCUUAGCUUAAAGAAGAGAAUGUAUCAAUGCUGCCCCUAAGAGUCAACACAGCUAAAGCUAGCAAGCAGAACAUGUCCAAGGCAAAGAUUGUCGUUGUUGGUGCCGGUCUGAUCGGUUUAUCCACAGCUGUGUACAUUUCGGACUCCAUUCCAAACUGCAGUGUGUCUGUCAUGGCUGAUAGAUUUUCUCCUCACACGACCAGUGACGUUGCUGCAGGAAUGCUUAUCCCACAUCUUUAUUCAGGCACACCUGUUGAUCAGCAGAAGCAGUGGUUUAGGGAAACUUUCGACCAUCUGUUGUCCAUCUGCAAUUCUCCAGAGGCCUCAGAAGCUGGGAUUCACUUGGUAUCUGGCUGGCAAAUAUUUAAGGACAUUCCUGAGGAGGAGGUGCCAUUCUGGUCUGAUGUGGUUCUGGCCUUUCGCUCAAUGACUGAAAAGGAGCUGAAGAAAUUUCCACAACACAAAUAUGGUCAAGCUUUUACCACACUGAAAUGUGACUGCCCAUCGUAUUUAAUUUGGCUGGAGAAAAGGCUGAAAGAAAAUGGAGGCCAGGUGCAUGCAAGGAAAAUAGAAGAUCUUUGGGAACUACACCAUGACUUUGACAUCGUAGUAAACUGCUCAGGCAUUGGUUCCAGAAAACUUACAGAAGACCUAGAGAUAUACCCCACUAGAGGGCAAGUUCUCAAGGUUCAUGCUCCUUGGAUCAAGCACUUCAUUCGUGAUGGUGAUGGUCUGACCUACAUCUAUCCAGGGAUACACAAUGUAACAUUAGGUGGGAUAAGAGAAAAAGACAACUGGAAUUUGUCCCCGGAUCCCAUUAUCAGCAAAAACAUAUUUGACAGAUGUUCCGCACUUGAGCCUUCCCUUCGGACAGCUGAGAAUAUAAAAGUGAGAGUGGGCCUGAGGCCAUCUCGGUCAGCUGUGAGAGUACAGAAGGAGGUACUGACUCACAAGCACGAGAAGUUGCUGGUGGUUCACAAUUAUGGCCAUGGGGGAGGUGGUUUUUCAAUACACCGGGGUACUGCCAAGGAGGCAACUCAGCUGGUUAAGGAGUGCCUUGAAACCCUGGCAAUACCUGGGUGUAAAGCAAAGCUGUAAAUAGGAAAGAAACAUUUCUCUUUUGAUCCAGUAGUCUGUGUAGAGCUAGGAUCUUGGGUGCGAUGUAAAAUCUGGAGGAAUGUCAUCCAUGCUGAUUUCAUGUCAGUCACUUAUGGCAAUUGCUCAGUGCUUGUGGUCCUCUUAGGAAAACAUCAAGCACUAAGACCGAAGGGAAGAAGGACCACCUGCUAGACUUCCCUCAUCAGUAAGACCCUAGCUUAGAACCUUCAACUUUUUACAGCUAAUUCAUGGGAAGCAACCACCCCAGUUGUAUAUGUAGGUUUACACUGUUGUGCAGUUCAUCUGUGGAUAUGGAGGUGACUCUUCAGUCCCAAUCUGGAAAUGCAGACUCUAGUCCAACGGGGCUACAUCAUUGCAAUAACUGCGGCUGUUAAUUCUAUGUGUUAAUUCUGUUCAUGGUUUUCUAUCUGGCUCCAAAGCCUAUGCAGACUUUGUAGUUCCUUAUUACUCAUUUAUCAGGAAGUCCUUUUUACCCAUUAUAGCAGGGGUGUCAAACAUGUGUUGUCAGGGUGGCAUCAUGUGACAUAUCGAGACUUUCCCUCCCUUUGCUAAACCGGGCGGGGGCGGGGGCGGCAUUCACGGCCCACAGGCUCGCAUCCGACUCGCUGGCCGUGAGUUUGACACUCCUGCAUUAUAGGUGUAGCAUUUUCACUUUUAAUUUCCCUGUUGUGAUUGGGCAAUGGGUUUGUGGAUCAUUAUCUAAGGAAAAACCAGUUUUAUCCCAUUUUAACCCAGAUUUGGGGAGCACUGGGUUAAAGUGUUGAAUUAGGAAUAGGGAGGAACUAAUUUCAGCUCCACCAUUAAUCAUGGCCAUUCAUUAGGGAUUUUGGCUUGAUCAUGUUCAUUCCCAGCUCAGCCUAGCUAAUUGGGGAAGAAGGGAGAAACGAGUGUUAUGUAUGCUCCCAAGAGCUCUUGAACUAAAGGAAGGAGAGACAUGAAAGAAGUGAAUAAAUAUGAAGGGAGAUAAAAAGACUUCUUGCUGGGCUGAAACUUUGCUGAAACAAGAAUGGUGCUAGUUUGUUGACUACCUUCAAGUCCUUGCUUGAUUCUUUGGCCCUCAAGCUCAACCAAAAGUUCACCCUUCCUGCGCCUUUUGCCGGCUCUACUUAUCUCCAGCACCUGUUAAUAAUUGUCAAUAAAUAUGGCAAGAUGCCAUAUGGAAAUUUGGGACCCUAUACUCAAAUACUGCUGGAUUAGCAGGCACCAGUUGGGAAAGCUGCUUCACCAAUUUAAGUCAUCACCUGGUUGCUGAAAUCAUCAAGAGAUAGGCAUUUAAUCCAAAUAUGCUGAAUGAUCUUGCUUGCGUAUUCAAAAUGUUUUGUCAAAUUCCUACGACGGAGGAAAAUACCGCAUGUAUACGGCAGUUUGAAUUUUAUUACCAAAUAUUGUAUUUUAAUAUUCAUACAUAAUUGACUGCAUUAGGUAAUCAGUUACAGCUUACAUUUAGAAAUAUGCCAUGAUCUUGGUCAAGGCUGGUAUCAGUGAAAUAAAAUGUCCUUGUGAUGGCUUAUCUUUUCUAUCUGCACAUUUCUUCUCCUUCUACCAGAAGAGGGCAGUAUUGGAUCAGUCACUUAUUUGGCUAUUCUUCAAAAUUUACCCACUGUGUUUUUCCUGCAUUCCCCCC